AUGGACAACAACGAAAAUGGAAAAGAAGAAAACACGGAUCAGUUUUGUCUUGACCAUGUCCUGAAUAAGCUGUAUGAUUUCGGUAAGCAAAAGCUAGCUUGCUAGUUAGCUAACACACAUAGCAGAGCUAGCAUUAGCUACACGGAGAUGGUUGUCUUACUAGUAGUAGUUGAACGUCGUCCUUUAUUUACCAGUUUAGCUCUGCUUUUUAUACUUGCUAGCCAUUAAUUUAGCUAGCUAGCAGAAAAGCUAACGUUAGCUAGCUGUGUCUGUGACGUGUUGAAACAGGGCCAACCUCUUCCUGGAGAGCAAUUGGGUGUGCAGGCUUUUGCUCCAGUCCUGCAUUAACAUUUGUUCUACUAAUUAGCUGCUUUUCUGAAACUUGAUUAGCAGAAUCCAGUGUGUUUGAGCAGGGUUGGCGCAAAAGCCCACGCAACUAGCAGCUCUCCAUGAGGUAUGGCCACCCCAGGUCAAGGAGAUAGUAAGCUAGUUACUAAUUUCUGUGUGGCUUGGUUCGGGUGGUCUUGGAUAUUUUUCUAACAGCAUGUUGUUACAGGUGAUAGAUCAGUAUCAAAGAGAGAACACAAGUCACAGAAGAAGAGAUUCAAAAGGAGUGAGGUGGAGGAUGAGGAGGACACUGCAGCAGAUGAUUGCAGUGAUACUAAAGACAGUCUGGAAGUCAGACAUUCGGAUAUCUCAGCGAUUGACCUUCCUGGCUCUUCUGAAGUUGGAAACACAAGUUCAACCACUAAACAGACACCACCAGUAGAGGUGGUCACAUUCCAGGAUCCUACAAAGAGACCGAGACAAGCCAGAAAGCCAUCAGUGCCCAAGGACAAGGUACUAUGCCAAUGUGGAGCACUGAGUUCUUCAAUUAUGUUUUUGGAGUUUUGUUAUGUUGAGACAAAUUGCAAAACCUUGCCUAAAGGCAUCUUUAAAAGGCAUAUUACAAUUUCACCUCAACCUGAGCCUCUUGUCAGAAUCAUUUUAUCUCAUACAUUUUGUACCUCCCUCCAGCUUCCUCAAACAAAGGAGAAAAAGAAGGUGGACCCAGAUGAAUUCAGUCUAGAAAAGGUAACAAAACAAAGUUAAUGUUUUAGGAUAUUGACAUUUUACCCAAUUAUGAUACAAUCUUAUACCAAUGAUACAAUUAUUUUGUUGAAUUACAAUGGUUUCCUGUUUUAUUGUUUGUUAGGCUCGAUUAGAAGUUCAUAGAUUUGGAAUCACUGGAUACCAGAAAGUGCAGCAGAGGGUUUUUGAACAGGAGCGAGCCAUCAUGCUUGGAGCAAGGGUAAACUGUGGUUGCAUAAAGUAAACAUUUUAUGCAAAUUCCAGAAAGUGUAAUCUCGCCUGCUAUUUGCACAUCAACAGAGUUCACCAUAUCAUUCCCCCCCCCCCCCCCCUUUGUAAUCUACAAACAUGAUCCUCUGAAAAAUGUUGUGUAAAGUGGGAGUUGGUUAUGAUAAAGCAGAGUAAAUAGUCUGACAAACGUUAUUUUCUAUCACAGCCCCCUAAGAAGGAGUAUGUAAACUACAAAGUGUUGCAGCAAAGGGUUAAGGACAAGAAGCAAAAAACAAAGGAAGCGAUUCAGACGGUGAGUUGAAUGAUAUCCCCCUAAUUUAGCAUUGAGUGUGAUGUCAUCUCAGUUCUGACUUUUUAUACCAAUUAUUUUCCAUUCUAGGACUUAAAGAAAAAGAAGAAGACGACUAAACCAAGGUUAGUGAUGUUAAUCUAAGUUUUGUUUUGAUAUAGAUUUCCAAAUAUGUGGACAUUUUGCCACAUAAUUGAAUAGUUAUGUUUGAUUAUCAAAGGUGAACCACUGUCAGUAACUGUAUUAUGUAGCACGUUUGCUCCAUGCCUCUGCUUAUUAUGAAGUUCUGCCUCCCUUAAGUGUUAAAUCUCCAUGUUUCAUAGUCUGUGUUCACUGAAUCUUUCAUGCUGUACCAUUUACUAGGGAUGAGAAGAGGAAAUCAUCUUCCAGCAAAGCUCCAACAGGCCAGGUGGGACGCUUUAAAAAUGGAAUGCUGGUCCUAAGCACCAAAGAAAUCCAGAAAAUAAAAGCCUCCAUCAAAAAAAAAUAA